AUGUCAUCCACUCGCUCACUCAAUAUCCCCGCUUCUAAAUCAACGGUGCAAGUGUCUAUCAUCGACACCACCUUCGAUGCCAAAUUCCCCGCUGCCUAUUUUAUGGGCCCGCCGAUCAAAGGCUUCGAUGAAUUGACGGCGGUUGCGUAUGCUUUUCUCGUCAAGCAUGUUGACUCGGUUGGCGAGGAGCGCAGUAUUGUAUUUGACCUGGGUACGCCCAAGGAUGUGGUGAAUGAUUUCCCGCCCAAGGUGGCUGAAUGGUUCAUGGGGAUGGGGUUCAUGCGAGUGGAGAAAUAUGUUUCGGAGAUUCUUGAAGAGAGUAAUGUCGCUCUUGAUAGUAUUGAAGCGAUUAUCUGGAGCCACGCACACAUGGACCACGUCGGCCGCCCCUCGCUCUUCCCCACAACCGCAAAACUAAUCGUCGGCCCUGGAAUUAAACAAGCCUUCUUCCCCGGGUACCCCACUGCACCCGACUCGCAAAUCCUGUCGCGUGAGUUCGCCGGUCGCGAAGUCGCUGAACUGUCACUCCCCGAGUUUAGUUUGGACAUCGGCGGCCUCAAAGCGCUGGACUACUUUGGUGACGGGAGCUUCUACCUUCUCUCCGCGCCGGGACACGCGAUUGGGCAUCUGAAUGCGUUGGCCCGUACGACGGAUAACACGUUCCUUUACUUAGCUGGUGACAGCGUCCAUCACCUCUCUGAACUUCGACCGCACGCGGCCAGUCACCUCCCUCAAUCUGUUGCUCUGCGUGGUAGCAGCCGCUGUUGCCCCGGGGCAGCUUUCCAUGCCAUCCAUCCGCUAUCAGACAUAACCAAGGUCCCAGACCGCUACCACGAACCUCUCGGCUACCCGGACAGCACUCCCGAUACCGCGCCCUUCUUUACAAUCUCACAGACGCCGACUGGGGAGUCGCUGGCUUCUGACGUCAACGACGCGCGCGCUACGAUCAAAGCUGUGCAGAGGUUUGAUGCGGACGAGAAUGUGUUUGUUGUUGCGGCUCAUGACGCGAGUAUACGUGGGAUCUUGGACUUGUUUCCGAGGACGGCGAAUGAUUGGAAGGUAAAGGGGUUGAAGGAGGCGGGGCGUUGGUUGUUUCUUGAUGACUUUGAGGAGGCGCUGAGGCUGGCGGGGGAGAAUGUAGGCGAUAGUACUAGGACUGCUUGA